CUGCAGUGUUAUAAAAGGGUGCACACAGAGAGAGAAAAACUACAAAGAUCUUCUCCUGCAAUCAUCUCACGCCUUCUACUGAGUUCCACCAGCUUAUGGUAAAUUUCUUCACAUACUCCCCACACACUCCUUCACAGUGUGUCAGGAUGAAGCUCCUCGCUCUGGUGCUCCUGCUUUCUGCUUUUCCCUCGCUGACUCUGAUGAAGGUUGUUCAGGAUUUUGCUAAGGCUACGUGCACCAGGGUUUUCAUUAAAAGCCCAAAUGUACACACUGUAAUUACACCGACUGUUUUUGAGGGGGAACAGUAUAAACACAUUUGUCAAUGCUGGAACAACAAAUGCACAUUUGCAACACUCUACAACACACAGCUGAGGAUUCCGGUCUACUCUGCCUACACGUUAUCUGGUAAAGAUGACCAAAAGCCUAACCGAAAUGAAGAGUGGAAAAAUGAACCUCAGCUGGAAAACAUUAACAGACCAAACAUGGAGCAGAUCCCAAUAAACAAGAUGGAUGAGUUUUUUCACCAGGCUGUGAACAGAGACUAUGAAGAGAGUGAGAGCAAUACAGAACCUAAAACGAAAUACACCAGAGGUCAUGUUUUUCCUAAUCAGUAUGCUGCAGAUGACGAUCAGGCAGAGUCCACCUUCACGUUUACCAACGUAGCUCCACAAACAGCACACAGCAAUAACAGAUGGGCAGAGCAAGUAGAGACACCGAUGAAGAAAGAGAUACCAAACGUGUGCAACAAAUCUGAUACAAGCACUUUUAUAGUGACUGGAGUGGUUCCAGGGAAGAACUGGAUCUCCAUAAAAAGAAAAGGAAAAACAAUUGAAAAAGGUGUUAACAUUCCCAGUUAUUACUGGACUGCUUUCUGUUGUUACAUCAGUAAGAAUGAAACACGUUCAAAGGCCUAUCUCUCUCUGCAAAACCAACCAAACAUCAUGACUUAUGAAUUUAGUAGGAUGAGCGUUGACAGGUUAAAUAUACACCUUACCAGAUUGUAUAACCAAAGUUUCAGUGUUUUUAGCCAGUUAUGUUUAAAUUAAUAGCGUCCCAUGGUGUAAUGUGAGGUGUAAGAAAUAAAACAUUGUAUUUGGUGCAAAUAUAGGAACAUAUUCAGUGUCAGGGUGAUAUGAUGAUGUGGAGUUACUGUUACACACUCAUUCUGACAUUUUCGUUAUGUCUAACUGCACAUCGGAAAGUGUUAAAUUUUUCUGAAAAAAAAGGGUUAAAUAAGGAAAAAUCAUACAUUAUCAUAUAAUUUUAUGCAAUAUUCAAAAAAUAGACAUGACGCUAGUUUUGUGAGUCACUUAACUGUUUUCUGUAUUUUGUUAUAAAAUGUAAUUCUGUAUUUCACCUAUUUUCUGUAUUUUGUAAUUAUCUGUUAAUUAUCCUGCCAAUCUUCAAUAAAACUUUGCUG